CUGACCUGGUUACGGGCCGGUUUCGCGGCCGUCGCCGAGUUUCUCUUGAGUGAAUUCCGACUCGAAGCCUCCUCUAGGUCACGUAUAAAACGGGGCCCGACGGAGGAGGCACCGCAGUUGCGAGCAGGAGCCUGGAGUGAGAGAGAUGCGUCUAUUACUCGUAUUGGCCGCCGUGGUGGGGCUGGCGCUGGCGGAGGAGGCCUUGGUGGGUCAGGCGGAGGUGGAUGAUGGCAUGGCGGAGGUAGAAGUGGAGGUAGAUGAUGAUGGAAGGUUCGAUGCUGCCAGACUGCUACGCGAUCUUUUCAAUAAUGAAGAAGACGAGGCAGCAUUGGAAGAAAUCGGCACUGAAGUUGAAGGCCGAAGCAAGGACGAGGAGGAGUCAGGGUCAGAAGACCUCUCUCGCUACAACAACUUCGUCGACACAAUGUUUAGGCGAAUGAACUCCCAGGCCCGCACACGCAACGACCCCAUGAGCAUUAGUCUCACCACCAAGAAGAGCAGCGCCAAGAACAGCAAAAAGGGAAACAAGAACAAGAACAAGGGCAAGGCUGACAAGAAGGGCAAGGGAAAGAAGGGAGGGAAGAAGGGAGGCAAGAAGGGAGGAAAGAAGAAGGGAGAGAAGAACUCGAGGAGUCCCCGUCACCCUAAGGACUUGAGUAUGGAUGAGGCUGCUGAGGUGGAGGUGGAGCAGGUGGAAGAGGUGGAGGAGGCCGAGCAUGUGGAGAGGCAGAAGAGAGAGGUGGAGGAGGAACAUGAGGAAGAGGAACACGUGGAGGAGGGUGAACUUGCACGUGAGGGGCGCAACUUGGAAGUCGGAGAGGCAGAGGAAGCCGUGGAGACCUCUCGCAAGAACAGACCCGGUAGCAGGCCCAACACCAAGAAGGGCGCCAAGAAGAGCAAGCGCAAGAGCAAGAAGGGCAACAAGAAGAACAGCAAGAAGCAAAAGAAGAGCAAGAGUGGAAAGAAGAGCUCCACAAAGUCCAUCCCGAAAGUCCGCACAAGCCGCGCUAGCGUGGUGGGCAUCGCUACUCUGCGCCGUUUGGGAGACGUGAAGGUGAUCAACAGGAGGGACGCCAAAGAAAUCAGGUCUCAGUUCGCCCUUGGACCAGUUGACCUCAGCGUCGAUAGGAAGUUCGGAUACGGCAAGGAUUCCGUCACCAGGACCGCACGAGCUACUUCCCCAGAGCUGAAGGGCAAAAUGAGCAUCUUGGUCUCCGCUGACGGCAAGGCAAGAGUGGCGAAGUUCUUCAUUGCCAAGCCCAGCAUCGUCAGGGUGGAGGGCACGCUACACAAGGACGUGAAGUCUGGCGGUCACAACAACUUUAUGGAAAAUUCUCUGAACCGCAUCACGCCCUUCGCCACCAAGAGACUCAAGGCCGCAGCGAGGGCCAUCCUUGCUACCACCGCCAGCAGGACCUCUUAAGUCUCCACCUCAACCCAACGCACCCUUACCAGAACUCAAUAGUGCCUUGUCCUCCUCCUCCCACUUAAAUUUCCACUUCCAGGGGUUUCAUAAUCUUUAAUGUAUAAAAAAAAAAAAAAACUCAGGAACUGCCUUAUCCCUUAUAUCCAAGAAGUGAAUCUGUUUAUUUUAGUUCACGAAGGUUUAGAAGCCACAGUAAACUCACAACUUUCUGGUCCCUCUAAAUCUUGUAUUCAGGUAGUGAGUCAAUAUUUCCGCCCCCAAAAAGGUUCAGAGUCUAUACAAAGGCCUUAAAUUACCUCCCUUACGUCUCUGAAUCUAUUAUCACGCGCCAAAAUCCCUCCCCUGGGAUCUAAAUCUCUGUCCCCUAACAUUUCAAUCCCCCAGCAGCCAGUGUGUCCCCCGUGCCUUAUCUCGUCUGAUCCUCCCAGGCCCUGCACCUCCUCAGACCUGGGAGCCAAUGUUUGCUUAGCCUCCUCCCACUUAUUCCCCGCGUAAAAUGUCCCUUGAAGUUUGCGUGGGGUUUGUUUAUAUUUCCCGACUAUUUUGUUAUGCUUUUAAGGUUAAUUUAUUCUCUUACAAGUCCUCUCAGGUUAUUGGCCAUGGUUCUUCACGUGUACCAUGGUUACCUUUCAUCUUCCUACUGUACUGACUUCGAGACUCCUUGUUGUUCUCUCGUUUCUAAGUUACCGAUGUCAUCCCGGGCCCUUCCCUCUCCUCCUCGCCCUCUCACGAUGAAGUCAAUUGAGAUCACGGAACUAAAUUUCAUCUUCAGUAUCUUCCGGUAAAUAAAAAAAGAAAAAAAAAAAAUUCCUUUGUGUGUUGGAGCGAAAUUGGAAUAUUAUUGAAAGCAUAGAAAACGAGAGCAUAAAAAAACGAAAAAAAAAGUUUAGUUCCACACGUCAGAGGAAAAUAAUAUCUGCAAAUAUACUCCAGUAAAAAAAAAUAAAUAAAUAAACUCUUCAUUGUCAAAAUAGAAGAGAAACCUGAAAAAGGCGAAGAUUUCAGUACUCAAAUUUAUAAAAAAAAAAAGCUUCUCCAGAAUAUAAAACCAAAAAUCGCCAAAAAAGUCAAGACAAAACAAUACCCAGCCUUGUUAACGCGCCAAAUUUUCCAAGUUAGCCGGGUAAGGAACUAAAAAAUCCAGUUAUGUUUUUUCGUGAAGGCGUCAGUGUGGAGUGGCCGUGAAGGUCCUUUGUUCCUCUCCUCGUCAGCCUCCCGCCGCCGUCAGAGUUACCAACAACGGCCUCACCUCACUCCCUGCCACGUAUUGCACCCAAAUUGGUACUGCUGGACUAAUGGAGGAGGGCUGAAUCAUAAAACAAUCACACAUAUAAAUAAAUAGAAAAUAAAACAUGUUGUCCAUAGAAAGACCAAAUUAUAGUCUAGUUUCAAAAUUAAUGAUCUCACGCCACUCCAUUUCGUUUCUCGAUGCUCUCGCCUCCUCAAGGAUACAAAAUUACAGAAUCUUCAAAAUAAAUAACAAAAAAUGAAUAAAGAUGAGUUAACUACAAAAUACGAUAAAAUAAUAAAAAAAAAAAAAAAAAACCCAGACUGAUUCAAGGUGCACAAGGCCUCAGAAGUGCACGUCUGAGACCCACGCGCCGAAACAGACGACCCAGGCGAGUCAAACCGACCAGAGAAACGGACGCGCGGUGACUCAGCCCUCCAAACCCUCCCCCCUCCCGCCCCGCCCCUUCCCGGGUGAGGGAGGGGGGUUCUCGGAGUGAGGGGUGAGGGAAGGGGGGGCGGGGCCACAUACGGAUCUAGGAAGCCACGGUCAGCCAUCUUUUAAUUGCCUAACAUCGCUAAGACAGAACGAUACAAGGUCUCUUGCCCCACAGUGACAGCCCAGAGUGAGCUGGUUAUCUCGCUCAAGUAUCACGUAUUUGUUAUUUAAUGCAGCACCAGUUUAUGUUACCAUUGUUAUUCUUGUUUUUUUUUUUUAUCUAUUUAUUCAUUUUUUUGUUUUCUUUUGAUGUAUGUGUAUUAUUACUAGUUAAGGUUGUUUAAUUUAUUGUGUACUUAUUAAUAAAUAUUUUAGGAUAAGUUAAUGA